UAUUAAGAAUAUACAUAUUGAAAUAUACAGAAAAUAAUUAAAGAUGGGUUGCUCACCUAGUACCUUGGCAACAUCGACUGCGCCGGACGUAGCAGAUACCAAUCAAACUAUGCCAAGAGCAACACCCAUUACAGAAGCAAAUGAAAAAGAUGAUAAUCUAUUCUUUUGUAUAAAAUUUCGACGAUCACGUUUGAGACGUUGUAGUCAACAAAAUGGCGCUGAUGGUAGUGCAGGCAGUACUGGAAGUGCGCUAAAUGGCGACGAUUUGCUCAGUCACGCACACAUGUGUAAUCAAUCUCUAUUGAAUCCCACACAAACAAAAAAUGAGGCUGACUAUGAAAAGAUGAGCAGUGGCAAGAAGGACUCCAUUGUCACUGUGGCAGCUUUAGGCAAUUUCACCCAUACGGUUGUGCGGCGCGCAACGGGAAGUGAGUAUCAUUUAAUGGUUUAUAAUAUUUACAAGUGA